AUGCACAGUCGAAAGCUCGACGCCUUACCAACUGUCAGCCAUAUAUUUAUUUAUUAAUUUAUUUUAUUUUUAUUAAAAAAAAAUGAGUGUGUCCUUGUGCAUAUUGUUAAUAAGCAUUGCAGGCGCAUCUGCGGGAACACUGCCGCCUUACAUCUCGCCAUGCUCCGCGUCAGACAGCAACGUGGACCAAUGUAUCGAGAAGGUGAUCCAAGCCGGUGGGCCGCAGUUCGCGGACGGAAUCCCUGAGUUAGGAAUAGCACCGUUGGAUCCUCUACAUCUGGGCACCGUGGUGGUCAACAACCCUUCCCUCAAACUGGUCUUCACUGAUACUGUAGUCACAGGAUUGAGAGGAUUCAGGCUUAAUGCUUACAAAAUAAACCCAUCAAAAGGCAAGGCAACUAUUGACUUCACGGCAAACGUGACUCUCAAAGCGCAGUACGAGAUUGACGGCCAAGUCAUCAUCCUACCGAUCAGGGGCAGCGGGCCUGCUAAGAUCAAAAUCACAAACCUUAACAUCAUAAUCAAAUAUGACUUUGACACGAAGGACGGGCACUGGCUGGUGACCAGUUACAAGGACAACUACAGCAUGGACAGGGCGCAUUUCAAGCUCAACAACUUGUUCAACGGCAACAAGGCACUUGCCGAGACCACACACAGGUUCACGAAUGAAAACUGGGAGAUCAUAAUGCAAGAGAUCGCACCGCCGGCCGUCAAGAGCAUCAUCAAGAACUGUGUGGACGUGGUCAAUACAUUCUUCCAAGCCAUCCCCGCCAGGGAACUACUGCGCCCUUGAAUGGAGACACAAUCCACAAUGUGAUUAACGAAAAUUGGGAGCCUGUGAUAAGAGACAUUGCGCCGGUCGCCUUCGAACAAAUCAUCGAAUCCUGCGUCGAGGAAGUCAAGAAACUCUUCAGUAAAGUACCAACUGCGGACCUCAUGCUGCCAUAGACAAUGAGUUAUGUAACGUUGCACAAUAACGGUUAUUGUAAAAUAUCAUUAACAUAACGUAUUAGCCGUUAUUCACAUGUUAAUAUUUAAUAACGCUAUUUGCAUAGCUAACACUGUAUUUAGGUAUUGUUGUGAUGUCGUUAGUGUUGCCCAAAGAGCGUGUUAAUUAGAAAACAAUUAUGAAAUUUCUCCGUACUGUCAAGCAUGUUCAAUAUUCAUUAAGUUAUUUGAACAUUACGAGGUCUGAUGUUGUUCCUGAUAGCCUAUUAGGUAUUAUAGUUAAAAAAAAAAACAGUUUAAUAAAUGCUUGUUAGUAACACUUUAUUAAAAAGUUAAAUUAUUAUACAUAGUUCAUAUUAGUCUUUCUUAAUUGUAUUGUUAUUGGUCAUUUGUUUGAAGGCUUCAUUACUUAUUAUUAUGUUGUUGAUUUAAAUAGUAAUUGUGAUAAUUAAAUGUAAGAUUUAGAUUAGGGACUGAAAUAGUAUUAAUAUAUUUAUAGGUUGCCUCAAUUGAUUGUGUCUAAAAUAAAAACAACUUUACAAUAACUUUAAA